UCACAUAAAUCCCACGGAAGGAGAUGGAAGCGCAAACCCUGGUUUUCUCAGUGCUCUUCCUCUCUCUCUCUCUCGGAUUCUUCCUCCGGAGAAGGAAUCGUAAGCCGAAUCUCCCUCCAUCUCCGGCGAAAUCUCUGCCGGUGAUCGGACACCUCCACCGCCUGAAGCCGCCGCUCUAUCGCAAUUUCCUCCGCCUCUCCGAAUCCCUCGGCGGCGCACCGAUCUUCUCCCUCCGUCUCGGCAACCGUCUCGUCUUCGUCGUCUCCUCCUACUCGAUCGCCGAGGAAUGCUUCACGAGGAACGACGUCGUUUUGGCCAAUCGGCCACAUUUCAUCAUGUCCAAACACAUGGCAUACGAUAACACCACCAUGAUCGCGGCACCGUACGGCGACCACUGGCGGAAUCUCCGGCGAAUCGGCGCCGUCGAGAUAUUCUCUUCUCAGAGGCUUAACAGCUUCUCGGACAUCCGUAAGGACGAAAUCCGACGGCUCAUACAGCGUCUCUCCCGUCACUCUUUACACAGAUUUGCGAAGGUGGAGUUGAAAUCGAUGUUUACGGACUUGACGUUCAACAACGUCAUCAGGAUGGUUGCCGGAAAACGUUACUAUGGCGACGGAGCAGAGGAGGACGAGGAGGCGAAACGUGUGAGCCAGCUGAUCGCGGCGGUCAUAGGCAGCGGCGGAGCUGGAAAUGCGGCGGACUAUUUACCGGUGCUGCGUUGGGUCACCGAUUUCGAAAAACGGGUCAAGAAGAUGGCCAGUGAGAUGGAUGAUUUCUUGCAGAGAUUGAUCGACGAGAAAAAGGAGGAGAAGGGUAACACCAUGAUCCACCACUUGCUUUCUCUCCAAGAAUCCCAACCUGAUUACUACAAUGAUCGAAUAAUCAAAGGACUUAUUAUCGUGAUGAUACUUGCCGGGACGGAUACAUCAGCAGUGACAUUGGAAUGGGCGUUAUCCAACUUGCUGAAUCAUCCAGAGAUACUGAGGAAGGCGAGAUCCGAGAUCGAUGAGAAAGUCGGUUCGGACCGGCUAAUGGACGAACAGGACAUCUCGAAUUUGCCCUACCUCCGAAACAUAAUCUACGAAACAUUGCGUCUGUAUCCAGCAGUUCCCAUGCUGGUUCCUCACAUGUCGUCGGAGCGUUGCAAAGUUGCAGGCUACGAUAUGCCACGUGGCACGAUCUUACUGGUGAACGCGUGGGCGAUACACAGAGAUCCAAAGCUGUGGGAAGAUCCGAUGACGUAUAGGCCGGAGAGGUUCGAGAAGGAAGGGGAGGCGGAGAAGCUGAUGGCGUUCGGGAUGGGACGAAGGGCGUGCCCCGGUUCCGGACUGGCUCAGCGGCUUCUGAGCCUGGCUCUUGGUUCUUUGAUUCAGUGUUUCGAGUGGGAGAGGAUCGGUCCAGAACUUGUGGAUAUGACCGAAGGCAAAGGCGCCAACAUGCCCAAAGCCACGCCAUUGCAUGCCCUUUGCAAAGCUCGUGCCCUUGUCCCACAACUCUCUGUUUUUGACAUGUGAUUUUUACUAUAUAUAUAUGAUGUGUUAAAUGUUACUGUUGGUGUUGAUGUGUGUAUUUCGUGAAUAACAUUCAAACGUUAUGUUACGUGGCGUUGUAUGCCAAGAUUUUAGGUAAAUCACAACACGAUGAAUGAAUAAUAUUUUAUUUA